UUAACCAACCAAAGCCAACCCUCUCACGCUUUGCUGCUUCUUCACUUGAAUUGUAUUGUCUGGAAAAACACAAGCGGGAAUUAGAGAAUAAAUGGCUUUUCAUCUCCCAAAUAUCUCUCACUCAUCAUCAUCCCUUGUUAUUCUACAAUCCACAACUAAAUCACCUCUUAGAGAAAAACUUGUUACCACCACCACCACAUACCAAAAGCUUAAUCAUAAUAAUAAUAAUCCUAGUCUCAAACUUGAAAUUCCACCUCAAACAGUUGAUGCACAACCGGAUAAAGAACUCUCCACCUCCAAGCUUACUUCUACUGACAACAGCAACAACAGUAAUAAUAACAAGCAGAAGAAAAAUGACUUCUAUGUGAACGUGGGUCUCACUGUACGGACACUCCGAGAAGACUUGCCUUUAUUGUUCUCUAAGGACCUCAAUUACGAUAUUUACAGAGAUGAUAUAACGUUUAUAGACCCAUUGAACCCAUUCACGGGGAUGGAGAAAUACAAAUUGAUAUUCUGGGCACUGCGCUUCCAUGGUCGAGUUUUAUUUCGAGAAAUAUCUCUGGAGGUAUUGAGGGUUUGGAAGCCUUCUAAGAAUGUUAUUCUAAUCAGAUGGAAUUUGAGAGGUAUUCCAAGGGUUCCAUGGGAAGCAAGUAGGCAGUUUCAAGGGACGUCAAUAUAUAAGCUGGACCGCAAUGGGAAGAUUUACGAGCACAAAGUUGAUAAUUUGGCGUUCAAUUUCCCUCGGCAACUGAGACCAGCUACUUCAGUUCUGGAUUUGGUUGCUGCUUACCCACCAAGUCCAAACCCAACCUUUAUGUGGGGCUUGUCAGAUGAGUAUUCGUCAUCGUGGUUGGAUCUCUAUUGCGCAGUGAGGGGAGCCUUGAAUAAUGAAGGGUAUUUGCUGCAACAAAGAGGUUUAGUUACUUGUUCGUAAUUGUAAAAGAUGUUUGAGGUAAAGAGGUCGUUUUAUCCUGUGAUGUUCUUUUUUUUAUCUAAUAUAUACCACAGAUUGUACCAUAUGUUCGUUUAUAUAACACAUUGUUUCCUAAGGAAAAAGCGUGUUGUACAUAAGGAAGGAAGCUUCGAGAUGCAUAUGGGAAUAUACACAUAUAUAUAUGCGGUGAGUUUUAUAGUUCCAUAUUUUAUUGAAAGGUCAGUCUUUCGGCAAAAAUGCUUGUAAUGAAAGUCGUUUAUAUGUUUUCCGCAUCAGCAAUUCUAC